AUGGCGGCUUCGGCUGCGGCGGCCUCGGCGGCGGCGGCGGCCGCCUCCGGCAGCCCGGGCCCGAGUGAGGGCUCGGCGGGCGCCGAGAAGCGCGCCGCCGCCUCCUCGGCCGCGGGCUCCGCAUCGGCCUCGGCGGCGGCAUCCGCCUCGGCGUCGUCACCCGCGGGGGGCGGCGGCGAGGCGCUGGAACUGUUGGAGCACUGCGGCGUGUGUCGGGAGCGCCUGCGGCCGGAGAGGGAGCCGCGCCUGCUACCUUGCCUGCACUCGGCCUGCAGCGCCUGUCUCGGGCCCCCGGCGCCUGCAUCCGCCAACAGCUCGGGGGAUGGAAGUGCAGCGGGCGACGGUUCUGUGGUGGACUGUCCAGUGUGUAAGCAGCAGUGUUUCUCCAAAGAUAUCGUGGAGAAUUAUUUCAUGCGAGACUGUGGCGGUAAGGCCGCCACGGAUUCCCAGGAUGCGAAUCAGUGCUGCACUAGCUGUGAGGAUAAUGCCCCAGCCACCAGUUAUUGUGUGGAGUGCUCUGAGCCGCUCUGUGAGACGUGUGUGGAGGCGCACCAGCGGGUGAAGUACACCAAGGACCACACCGUGCGCUCCACUGGGCCGGCCAAGUCGAGGGACGGUGAGCGCACUGUGUAUUGCAAUGUGCACAAGCACGAGCCCCUUGUGCUGUUCUGCGAGAGCUGCGACACCCUCACCUGCCGGGAUUGCCAGCUCAACGCCCACAAAGACCACCAGUACCAGUUCCUGGAGGACGCAGUGAGAAACCAGCGCAAGCUCCUGGCCUCAUUGGUGAAGCGCCUCGGGGACAAGCAUGCAACACUGCAGAAGAACACCAAGGAGGUUCGCAGCUCGAUCCGCCAGGUGUCCGACGUACAGAAGCGCGUGCAAGUGGAUGUUAAGAUGGCCAUCCUGCAGAUAAUGAAGGAACUGAACAAGCGGGGCCGCGUGCUGGUCAACGAUGCCCAGAAGGUAACCGAGGGGCAGCAGGAGCGCCUGGAACGGCAGCACUGGACCAUGACCAAGAUCCAGAAGCACCAGGAACACAUCUUGCGUUUUGCCUCCUGGGCUCUGGAGAGUGACAACAACACGGCUCUGCUGCUCUCCAAGAAGCUGAUCUACUUCCAGCUGCACCGGGCCCUUAAGAUGAUUGUGGACCCUGUGGAGCCCCACGGCGAGAUGAAAUUUCAGUGGGACCUCAACGCCUGGACCAAGAGUGCAGAGGCCUUUGGCAAGAUUGUUGCAGAGCGUCCUGGAACCAACUCCACAGGCCCGGCACCCAUGGCCCCUCCUCGGGCUCCGGGGCCUUUGGGCAAGCAGGGCUCUGGCAGCAGCCAGCCGAUGGAUGUGCAGGAAGGCUACGGCUUUGGAUCAGAUGACCCUUACUCGAGUGCUGAGCCCCAUGUGUCGGGGGUGAAGCGGCCCCGCUCAGGUGACGGUGAGGUGAGUGGCCUCAUGCGCAAGGUGCCACGGGUGAGCCUCGAACGCCUGGACUUGGAUCUCACAGCUGACAGCCAGCCACCAGUCUUCAAGGUCUUCCCAGGCAGCACCACUGAGGAUUACAACCUCAUCGUCAUCGAGCGAGGUGCUGCUGCUGCAGCUGCUGGCCAGCCUGGGACUGCGCCCUCGGGGGUCCCUGGGGCCCCUCCCCUGCCUGGAAUGGCCAUUGUCAAGGAGGAAGAAACAGAGGCUGCCAUUGGCGCUCCACCUGCUGCCACCGAGGGCCCGGAGACCAAGCCUGUGUUGAUGGCCCUGGGGGAGGGCUCUGGUGCAGAGGGUCCCCGCCUGGCUUCACCCAGUGGCAGCACCAGCUCAGGUCUGGAGGUGGUGGCUCCAGAGGGCACCUCAGUCCCAGCUGGUGGCCCAGGUUCCCUGGAUGACAGUGCCACCAUCUGCCGUGUCUGCCAGAAGCCAGGUGACCUGGUCAUGUGCAACCAGUGCGAAUUCUGCUUCCACCUGGACUGCCACCUGCCUGCCCUGCAGGAUGUGCCAGGGGAGGAGUGGAGCUGCUCUCUUUGCCACGUGCUGCCUGACCUGAAGGAGGAGGAUGGCAGCCUGAACCUGGAUGGGGGGGAUAGUACAGGAGUGGUGGCCAAGCUCUCACCAGCCAACCAGCAGAAGUGUGAGCGCGUCCUGCUGGCCCUCUUUUGCCAUGAGCCCUGCCGGCCUCUGCACCAGCUGGCUACUGACUCCACCUUCUCCCUGGAUCAGCCUGGUGGCACCCUGGACUUGACCCUUAUCCGAGCCCGCCUCCAGGAGAAGCUGUCACCCCCCUACAGCUCCCCCCAGGAGUUUGCCCAGGAUGUGGGCCGCAUGUUUAAGCAGUUCAACAAGCUGACUGAGGACAAGGCCGACGUGCAGUCCAUCAUUGGCCUGCAGCGCUUCUUUGAGACCCGCAUGAAUGAGGCCUUCGGGGACACCAAGUUCUCUGCUGUGCUGGUGGAGCCCCCGCCGCUGAGCCUGCCUGGUGCUGGCCUGAGUGCCCAGGACCUGUCCAGUGGCCCUGGUGAGGGCCCCUGAGCCAGCCCAGCUUGGCUCUGUUCUAUGUCCUGUCACUCCUCCCCUCUCCUUCCUCCUCUCUCCGGUGGCCUGGCUCCCACUCCUUGGUGGCCCGUACCCCAGUCCCUCACGAUAUGGUUUUUACUUCUGUGGAUUUAAUAAAAACUUCACCAAUUA